AGAAAUGGAAGGGCUUUUGCAUUGUAUGCAUUUCAUUUAAAUCCCACAUUGUUUAGACAGAGUAUUCUUGUAUUUAUCCACCUAUGGAAGAGAAAACCAGAAGAGAAGAGGACCGCGUUUGCCUGUGCAAAAAAUGUCUAUAACUACUUUUACAUUGUUCUCACUCUAUCUUAGUACUUUGUCCGAUACCUUCUCCAAUGCUCUCCCCGACCACCCAACUCCAUAUCUCUCACCCGUAACAUUUUUCCCAAACUACCAAAACAUGCUUAACACUUUCAAAAUUUUCAUCUACGAACCAAACACGACCUUCGCUUACGAUUCUCCCACCCAAUCACUCUUCCACGCUUCCCUUCGAAACAGUCCCUUCGCCACCCAAAACGCCGAACAAGCUCACCUCUUCUUUAUCCCUUUCCCCUCCGAUCUCUCUCGAGUCGUCAGAGGUCUACGGAAGAGCUUCCCCUACUGGAACCGCACUCUCGGUGCUGAUCACGUUUACGUCUCGUGCGACGACAAGACUACUACCGAUUCGGAUCGUAACAUCCUCGAAUUGAGAAAGAAUUCGAUUCAGAUCUCAUGCUUCCCCACUUCUUCUGGUAAAUUCAUUCCUCACAAGGACAUUACUCUCCCUCCUCUAUCUGUCGGCGAAGGCAUGACCAUCGGCCGGUCGUCGAACGCGACUCAGAGCUUUCUUGGUUAUUUUAGAUACGACGGAGGAGGCGAGGAAGUUUCACAGUCUGCUUUGGCGAAGCAGAUGGCCGAUGAUCCUGACUUUCUGGUCGAUUUUGAACCGUCGAAUGAGAUUAGUUUCACAGAGAGAGCGUCCACCAGUAAGUUCUGCUUGUUCGAGUACGGCUCCGACAUGUCAAGGAUCGGCGAGGCUUUGGGAUUGGGGUGUGUGCCGGUGGUCAUGACUGAUCGUCCGAUUAAGGAUCUUCCGUUCACGGACGUAGUGAGGUGGCAGGAGAUAGCUAUGUUCGUCGCGAUUGGCAGAGGUGUGGAUGAGCUGAAGCACGUGUUGGGUCGCACGAGUGGCGAACUGUACGCACGUAUGAGAGGAAUGGGUGUGAGUGUGAGCAAGCAUUUCGUGUGGCACGUGUCACCUGAGCCGUACGAUUGUUUUAAUACUCUGAUUUAUCAACUGUGGCUCAGGCGACACACGAUCAGAUACGUGCUUAGAGACUAAAAUAAAUAAUAAUAUACUAAGAUAAAACGUUAAAUUAGCAAAAUAUUAUUUACUUUUAAAUAUAACUAACCAACCAUUAAUAUUAAUUAGAAAAAUAUAUUACUUAAAGAUUAGUUACGGAAAAGAAAUUUCUCCACAAGGCCACGCAUUAGAUCAAAGAUUAUGAAUAAAAAUAUGGUGCUGUGAAUGAAUGGUGAAUGGUUUAUUAUUA